ACGGUGAGCCCCCAAGAGUCCAGACAACACGCAACCACGUGGUGUUGGGUCACCACACAAUCUGCUACCCUCCAUUUAUUGGCUUUUACUCUUUGAACAUGAAUAUCCUUCAAUUUUGUUCUCACCAUCUAUAUGAUCUCCAAAUUGGACGGCUUUGAUUGCCUGUCGAGGCCCACCAGAUGAACAAUCCCAACUCACGCACCAUAUCCCUCCAUAGAAGACCGUUGAAACGAGGGAAAAAAAAGAGAAAGGGUAAGGACAACCAACGUAAACCACCCUUAAAAAAGAAAAAAUCAGUUACUCCAUUAACGGCUAACCAAAAUCCUAUUUCCAUGGAUGUCCAAACGCUCCCCUUCAAACAUGCAACUACCCAUAUUUCCAGAUCCCAUAAGCUCAAGCUCUCUCUCUCCUUCUCUCCCUCUCUCUCCUCUCAUUCUCCAUGGAAUCCAAAACCCAUCUCCUCAUCCUCUCCACUCUCCUCCUCCUCCAUUCCCAUCCAUCCAUCGCCACUUGCGUCCGCCGCAACUCCAUUCACAUGCUCCACAACUUACUCCCACCACCAUCAUCAACUCCUACUCAGCCCAUCUCAUCAUCAUCAUCCACCACUCCACCCCCUUCUGAUUCCUCCUCAUCAUCAAUCCCAUCAUCGAACCCAUCAUCAUCAUCCACCACUCCAUCCCCUCCUGAUUCCUUCAUAUCAUCAAUCCAAGACACAGAUGACCUUUCGGCAUCUACACAUGUCAGCACCUCACCAGCGUCGUCAGAAGUCCAAGAAGAUGAAAAGAAUCCAUCCAGCAGCCAACCAUCGGCCUCAAACCCAUCACCUGUAGCCGACGCUGCAAUCAAAGACGUGUGUUCCAAGACGGACUACGCAGACCUUUGUGUUACAUCCGUCAGCAGCUUCCAGCCAGGACCUGGACCCAUCAAUGCAGCCGUUGUCCUGCAGCUCGCGAUAAAGGCUUCCAUGCGCCAUGCACAAGCCGCGCUCAAUGAAGCCAAGAGGCAUGCAGCUAACCCUAAUCUUCCAGCCUUCACGGCAGAAAACAUGAAGGUGUGUCAGGAAAACUACAGCUCCGCACUUGAGAACCUCCAGAACGCAGCCAAAGCAGCGACGGCCAAUGAUAAAGGGACGGUGAAUAGCAUGCUUAGCGCAGCAAUGACGGAUUUCACUACAUGUGCUGACGGGUUCAUGGAAAUGCCAGGGGCGUCGCCACUAUCGGCCUUCGACAUGAAGCUUACGAACCUGGCUAGUAACUGCCUUGCCAUUGCUACCCUGAUGAAUUGAUCACAAUGUCUUUGCUUCUUCUUCUUCUUCUUCUUCUCAUUCUCUUUUCUGUUGGUUUUUCUACCUUUGUUUCUUGUUGUAUUUUUACUCUAUUUUCUCACAUGAUUUUUUUUCUUCUUCUAUAAAUAUAUAUAAAAUGUGCUGAAAAAGAUUAUAUACCAAUAAAUGGGUUUUUUCAUAUAGCCGACUAACGUUUAAGCUAUGGACGGAUAACGGUGUAUUUAACCGGUCUUUCAAAGCUGCUU